AUGAAAAUAAUUUUAGUGUCGUGGCGGGAGAAAAAAAAAACAAUAAUUAUUAUUAUCAUUAUUAUUAUUAAUUUCAGAUCGGCUAAUUACAACAAUGCCACCGGAGACUGCGAUUUAUCGGAUAUGGACAGAUUAACCGUGGCUGGAUUGGGAGCGUUUCAACCCAUGGAAGAUUCGGAUUAUUUGGAAAACAAUUGCGUCGAAGAACCUGGAAAACUUUGCGAAUUCAAAAAAAUAUCUGCAAGAAUUUUAAAAACCGUCGAUUCCGUUUACCAAGACGUUUCAUCUUUGGAAGAAUGCCGUGAACUUUGCUUAAAUUCUCCGUAUAGAUGCAGGUCCUACGAUUUCGGAGAUACCGGCGAGCAAGUUUGCCGUCUGAGUCACCAUAGUCGAGCUACUUUAGCCGACAUUCAAGAUCCUUAUUUAGAUGUUCCAGAAGCUGCUUCUUACGAGCUCAGUUCGUGCUAUAAUGUAAGCAUCGAAUGCAGAUCUGGCGAUAUGGUCGCACGCAUCAAAACAAGCAAACUCUUCAGCGGAAAAAUGUACGCCAAAGGAAGUCCGAAUUCGUGCGUUGAAGACGUCAAAGGCUCGUUGGAAUUUUCAUUGAGAAUGGCGUACGAUGACGUCGAAUGCAACGUCAGACAACAAGGACUUGGAAAAUACAAUAACGACAUUGUCAUACAGCAUCACGACACGAUUGUGACGAGUUCGGAUUUGGGUUUGGCCGUUUCCUGUCAAUACGAUUUGACUAAUAAAAGUGUUAGCAACGAAGUCGAUUUGGGUGUACGAGGUGAAGUCAAACCCGCACUCUCCGAAGAAGUUGUCGUCGAUUCGCCCAACGUCGCCAUGAGAAUCACCGAUAGACGAGGAGAAGAUCCCAAACCAUCGGCUGCAGUCGGUGAUCCACUCGCUCUUCGAUUUGAAAUCCUCGACAAGAACUCACCCUACGAAAUAUUUGUGCGAGAUUUGGUGGCCAUGGACGGAGCCGAUUCCAGUGAAAUUGUUUUAAUUGACUCUGAAGGGUGUCCAACUGAUCACUUUAUCAUGGGUCCGUUAUUUAAAAGUUUGGAUUCCGGAAAGAAUUUACUAUCUCAUUUCGAUGCAUUCAAAUUUCCUUCUUCUGAAGUUGUUCAAUUCCGUGCCUUAGUAACACCAUGCGUGCCAACUUGUGAACCAGCUCAAUGCAAUUCCGAAGAUAGCUCUGGUGAGCUUCGAUCUGUUAUUUCGUUCGGCAGAAAACGUAGAAGUACUGAAACAUCGCGCAGAAGACGUUCCACGACCAGGGAAGACAUGUUAUUGGUUCAAUCCAUACAUAUCAGUGAUAAAUUUGGAUUCCCAGCAGCUUCGAGGAACAAUUCCGAAAGUGAAACGGUUUUCAUACAAUCAGAAGGAAACGUAACUUCUUGCAUGAACGUCGCAUAUUUAGCGGUUGCAGGUGCAAUAUUUUUGGUGGCUCAGUUGGCAGUUGUAGCCGCAUUGGCGUUAGCUUGGCAGAAAAGGAAAAGAGGACUUAAAGAUGAUGUUUCCGUGAGCAUAUCGAACGGCAUCGUAAACGUAGCGAGAACGGACAGCUUGUGUAAAUUAUACGAAUCUGGUUAUGCAAGACGAUUUUGA